CAUCAUAUUUCAUGCCUCCUGUAAACAUAUUAACGGUUAUUCCAUACAUUCCCACAGCAGAUUUGUGGCUGUGUCAUAGCGCUAGGGUUAAUUGAAAACCAAGAGGAACCACUGUCAAUAUCGGAACCAAACCAGUAGAACUAGAAAUGGAACAAAAGAUAUGUCCAAAAUGCUAUUUUAAAAAAGAAGAAUUUAUGAGGACUUAGGAGGAAUACGUCCACAUGGUGUUGGAUACAGAUAAAAACAUUUGGGAUAUGAUAGAACUCGCCAUACAAGUCAUAUGUAUUCUGGUAGUACUAAUGUUAAUAUGCAAAACUAAGCACAGGGAAGCAGUGCGUUUGGUUAGAUCAUCACUUUCGGAGGAUUUCAAAGAGGAGUGGAGAAAGCCAGUCUAUCAUUUUGGAAUUAAAGACAAAGGAAUAAAGGAUUUCUUUAAAAAAGAACGUAUAGACUUUAAUCAAGACGACUGGGAUGUAAGUUGUGAAAUUGUAGACAGGAUUUUAAAAAUCGUUGCUUGUGAAAUGAGAAAAGCGGCAAACAAACGUUUUCCUGGACUUGUUCUAUCAGGAACGUUAAAAAAACAAGGAAGUUCAAGGGAAGGUUUAAAGGUUUGUGACCCAUUGGAAUUCGAUGUACUUUUACCUUUUCAUUUGGAAAAUGUUCAGACGAGAAAUGAUGUCGUCUUUGACAGAUAUGGUUGUAUUAUUCCCGGGCUUUUUAAGAUGGAGAUUAUAAAUCCUGAGAAGCUUCCAUUGCGGUGGAGAAAAUGCGAAUUGCUUUCUUGUGUACAGGAAAAAGUAUAUAUAAACACAAGUCAUUUUCAGAAGAAAGUGUUUGCUUCCCUUCUCGAUCAAAUCAGAGGCGACAUUAAUAAACGCUUGAAAAUAUGGACAGAAAAUUCCAUAAACAAGCAGUUUAAAAUGGUGCGACAAGUCAAUUCCCCUAACUUGAAAUUAAAAUUAAAGAUUUGUAGUCAAAAUGGAUUAAUAGAUUUCAAGAAUGGUUUAUAUCUUUUGGAACAACAGUGCUCAUUACAUUCUUUAAAUGUUAAUCAAAUAGACCUUGAAAUUGACUUAGUUCCCAGUAUUUUACAGUCUGCUGAACAAUUCCCAAGUACAUUGUUAAAUGAAAAAGGUUCCAUACCUUGUGAACGAUACGGAGUAUUGAAGUGGGUCAAUAAAAGGAAUGAUCAUAUUCCGAAAGAAAAUGGAGAUCUUAUUUGGCGCAGUUCAACGUGCGGUUAUGAAAAGUGUAUAUUUGAUAUCGCUCAGAAAAAUCCGAGUCAACUUUAUGUAAUGACAGCAUGUAGACUGCUGAAGUGGGCAUUACGAAACGUUGCAAACAAUCAACUCGGUAGUGUGAUAGGAUCCUACCAUCUGAAAAACCUUUGUAUGUAUUGUAUCUUGUUUUUGACGAUACCUUCUGAGCAAAAUCGCCUUUCCGGUGUAACGGAGGCAAUGGGAUAUUUCAUCGAAUUUAUCCGAAUCAGUCUUGAAGCUAAAUACCUCCCGUAUUUUUUCUUUGGUAAUCCGUAUCUCCAUGACAUGAUUCCUGGCUGUACAUUUGGUACCGAAAGGGCGACGUACAACAUGUUUGCUAAGAACAGUGCGACGACGCUUAUCCAUGCACGGUUAGGAUUUAUGAAACUGACGCGAAAAUUACACGGUCUAUACAUGAAACGAGGGCAGCUAGACAAGAAGAAAAUAAAACUCUUUGCUGGUCUUUUACGACGUCAAUGAAUGUGUUUAUAUGCUUAUGCAUUAUGAAUAUAGAGGAUAUAUUAUUAUAUUGUGUGAUUUUAUAUUUGCUUUAUCCAACAAGUUUAAAUGGUGUGUAUAUUCGCGAGGCUUGCCGAGCGAAUUUAACCAUUUCAAAGAGUUGGAUAAAGCAAAUAUAAAUUCACACAAUUAUGGAUGUUCCAUUUAUCUUAUUCAAUCUGAUUAAUAUUAUAAAGCCUUUGAGACAGUCCUUAAAUGUAUAUGACCCGAAUUGUUGUUGGGGUUUUUUUUCGAAGAUUAAAAUCGAUGAUACAACGUUGUGUUAUGCGGUUAUUGUGACCUUGCGCAAUACACUUAAGUAAGUCAUUUCGGAGAUAUAUCUAAAUGUUUUAAUGUAAAGCUUCACUAAAAUAAACCUCGAAAUACUUUUUUAGCGCUAAAUAAUAUCACUUAUUAGGUUUGUUACUAACUGUUUACAGAAAUUUGUGGGGACGGUAAAGUCCAUAGAAGACGAGGCGGAGCCGAGCCUUCUAUGGACUUUACCGACACCACAAAUUUCUGUAAACAGUCAGUAACAAACCUAAUAAGUGUUUUGUUUUGUCGAGGACCUAAACUUUUAUAUGUAAGCAACAAAAGAUGAUAUAUAACAAUUAAAUUCAUUGGCUUAUUUUCUAAUUUAGUGCCUUUCUCGUCAGUCGUCUGUGCAAACCUUGAUGCCAUUGUAUAUAGGAUUGUUUUAUUACGUCACGGGCAAAAGGGGGUCACUCUAAAUAUUUUGGUGCUUGAAAAUUAAAGGUAUGGUUGAACGUUUGUGUAAAAAAAUAAGCUCAAAUAACGUUUCGUCCGCCUUGUUGUCGUAUAAAUUUUGACGCCCGCCGUGUAAAGAAACUUAUAAGGCAAUCACGAGACGCGAUUUAUCCAAUGACGUCGCGACAUUCUAGUCCGAGGCAAACAUUUUUAAUAGAGCUUAAUCACUUGUCUGAAUGAAAAUACUGAUCAGAGACUUGAAUAUUCAAGUUUGACACAAAGUUGCGAAUGUUCGUUAGGUUGAAUUGACUCGAACGAGGAUAAGUUGUUGAUAUUUUAUAAAACAAACACUAGCUGAAUGAGUCGACAUUAAAAAAAUAUUCAAUAAGGAUGCGUACUGGUGGUUGAAUAAAAGUCUUAAGAAACAUUAUUUCGGUAAGUUCUUGUAUAUAA